UUGUAUUGGUAAGAGUAAACAGAAGCUCUGGGUAGCUGCAGCAGCCUAGAGAGGGAUGGACGUCACCAUCAAGGGUCCUUGGCUUCAUUAUACCAACAACUACGAAAAUACAUACAAAAUUCUUCAUGGGCUUUUGUGAUCAUGACGACGUUGGCUUCUUACGAUUCUAGAGAGAGAAAAUCAGGAAUCCAUAGAGAGAGAGAGAGGACAGAGGAGAGAAGGGUCAAAGCAGCAGCGCAGCAGAAGCAAAAAGCAGUUGUAUUUGUAAUGAUUUCGUGUAGGAGAGAGAAUACAUAGAGAGAGACAGAAAGGGAUCAGAAACUCGUGAUGGGAAUUUUCCUCGCUGGGGUAGAACAGAACAGAAGUAGCUCAUCAGACUCCUAAAGAAUUUACAGACCCCCUCUUUCAGCUUCUCCUUCUUUCUUUUUCUUUUCUCAUAAUCUCUCUCUUUCUUUCUCUUCUUUUUGUUCUCUCUCUCUCUCUCCCCUAUAUACUACCCCCUUUGUGCCACUAUUUGGUGCAGCUUCAAACCUUAGACAGUUCUGACGGGAUUGGUUGAUAUAGAAACGUUUUGGGGGGAAUACUUGAUCAAGAAGGGAAAAGAAGAGGUUUUGAAGAGACCCUUUUGGAUAUUUGACAGAUUUUCUCGAGAAACAAACAGGGUUUGAUAAGAGGAAAAAAAGAAGAAGAUCAAGAUGGGUAGUUGUGGAAGGAAUGGAGCUGUGAGACAGUAUAUAAGAUCCAAGGUGCCUCGUUUGAGAUGGACUCCUGAUCUUCAUCAAUGUUUUGUUCAUGCCAUUGAAAGGCUUGGGGGUCAGGAUAAAGCAACACCAAAGCUGGUUCUUCAGUUGAUGGAUGUGAGAGGACUCACCAUUUCACAUGUCAAAAGUCAUCUCCAGAUGUACAGAAGCAUGAGAAGUGACCACAGCAAACAAGAUCGGAGUUCAAACCAACAAAGGAAACAAUCUUUUGAAGAUCACUAUGAUGAUGAUGGGUGUGUUGAUCAAGAAAAUGAAGUCUGCUGUUACCAUCCUUCUUUAAAGCCCAUUGAGGAAUCAGAUUCUCACUUCAUCUACACUAGUCCUCCUCUUCCUCCUCCUCUCCCUACAAAAAGAGCAAGAAUCGAGAAGAUGAGUUCAACUAUCUCAGAGAACCUGCAAUGCAGCAGCAGCCAAAGAAGAAGAAUAUGUGAGACAGUCACCAAUCCGUACUGUUUUGAUGAUUAUUUACAGCAGCAGCAGCAGCCUCAGCCUCAGCCUACUAUGGCUGAGAAAAGUGGGGUAAAGGAAGAAGAGAGUGGUUACACGUGGCAGAACCACGAGGCAGCUCCUAUAUCUGCUGCCUUUUCUCUACCACAUGAUCUUUUCAUCAAUCGCUUUGGCCAUGCUGGUGCAUUGGAAGAAUCUGAUUUCCUUAAGGUUGCCAUGCAAGAAGAUCAACAGUGUGCAUCAUCAAAGAGGUGCAAAUUCGAUAACUCUAGAAAUGGACACGCAGAAGAGGAAGAGGCCGAUGGUUGCGGGUUGUCGCUGUUGCUCUCGUUGCAUCAUCCCUCUGCACAGAGAAGUAACGCUUCGUGGACAAGCGACAUGAGUGAAGCAAUCUCAUCGUCAUACUCUAGGCCUAACUUCAACGACUGCUCUGGUUCCUCUUCUGAAAAACACAGCAUUAACUUAGAUCUCUCUAUUGCUUUGUGUGGUGGCUAAGUUUAAUGUAAAAGUUUCUUUUUGGGGAAUUUUCAUAUCCCUAUUUUGCACUUUCACAUGGUUUCUUAUUUCACUUUUGGGUUUAAAAUGUUCUCAGAAAAUUUUCUAUAUAUAAUGGAAACCUAUAUAUUAUGAGUUA